AUGGCCAUGCCGACAUCUUUGGACGUCCGCUCCGUCGAGAGUUGGUCCUCCACUAGCCGGUGCUCCUCGAGGUGUAAGGUUGUACUUGCUGCUCCUCCUGAAGAAGAUGAAACACAGAGGCCGGCAGCUCCUCUAGUGGUGCAGCGCUUCCUCCUCCUUCGCCUCCGCCAGCACCCGGUCGUAGUGCUGACUCGCCUGAUUUAUCCUCCAGUGGUUCUGUUUGGUCGUGAUGACACCUUCCCUGCUCCUGGUGCAGGCUUCUACCCUGAUAGUGGUGAGACAGGUGGUAGUAUGCACGUUGGCCCAAAUGAUCCAUGCUUCUUUCCUUCAACUCCUUCUACUCCUUUUGGUGACCCGGGGAGUGUUCCACCCGGUGGUCGCUACGAUCCAAUUGGCCCGCCUGAUGUCCCAGGAUUUGAACCAUCUCGCUUUGUGAGGCGUUCAAGGCAUUCAGGUGGAAGCACUCACCCAGACCUCGAGUUCUUCCAACAAGACCCAGACUUCUUCUGA